GCUCAGAUGGGCGGCGGCGGUCAACGCCGCCGACGCCGACUGCGACAUUGCCCCCAGGGGCAAGGAGGGGCCAGGGCGAGAGGCCUGCAGGCCCCGCGACAUCUUCGCGGCCAGCGAUGCCUCCGAGUUGGGCAGGAGCGCCUGCUGGACUCGAGAGCUCCGUCCAGGCCGCCAGGCUCUGCUGGCUGGGGCCCCGCACCUGCGCGCGCUGUUCGUCGCGGGCGGCCCCCCGUGCCAGGGCGCGUCCGGGGUCGACGCCCGGGCGAGGGGCCGGGCUGAGGGUCGCGCGCAGCAGGUCAAGCGCGUGCCCCGCGUCAGCGAGCUGGCCCGCCGUUCAGCUGCCGGCGUGCUCGUGCUCUCCAAGACUGAGGGCGUCAGCUCCGUGAGUGGCAGGGGUCGGGGAUGCGUCGCCGAGGUCUAUCGGUCGGAUCCGAUCGAGCUCUGCGCGGGUGGCCUGGGACUUCGCGGUCAAGAGGCCGAG